CUUUUUGUUGUAUCACAAAUCUUUUUGCACAACUUAUAAAACAAAUUUAAUUAGUCCCAAACUCUGAUAUAAUCCUUUCCUAUUGUUUUCUCUCUCUCUCGAAAUCUCUCCACUCUCUCUGAUCAUCUAUCUUUCCUUGCAAUGGAGCUUCUUCAUUCUGCAACAUUUCCAACUAAACAAAAGCUACUCAUCGUAGUGAUCAUUGCCACAGCUCUCCUCACCAUCAUCCCUCUUCUCUACCCUUUUCUUGAAGACCCUAACUUCUUACUCAAGCAACAGCCUCCAAGCCAAAACAGCAUCAUCAAGCUCCAAGACACCGUCGUAGCAUCGCACGAGGGCUGCGACUUAUUCUCCGGAGAGUGGGUUCCUAACCCCGAGGCACCUUACUACACGAACACGACGUGCUGGGCGAUACACGAACACCAAAACUGCAUGAGGUUUGGAAGACCUGACACCGAUUUCUUCAAGUGGAAAUGGAGACCUUACGGGUGCGAAGAUGGCUUGCCUGUUUUUGACCCCAUUCGGUUUCUUGAGAUCGUGAGAGGUAAAACUAUGGCGUUUGUUGGUGACUCCGUUAGCAGAAACCACAUGCAGUCUUUGAUCUGCCUUCUCUCUCAGGUUGAAUAUCCGGUGGAUGCUUCGGUUAAGGAUGACGAUUAUUUCAGACGAUGGACAUACGAGACAUACAAUUUCACUAUGGCCGCAUUUUGGACACCGCACUUGGUAAAGUCCACAGAACCCGGCAAGACCCAUCCCAAGUAUACUGAUAUUUUUGAUCUAUACCUUGAUGAGGCGGACGAGAUUUGGACAGCAGAUAUAGGAGAUUUUGACUACGUUAUCAUCUCCUCUGGCCAUUGGCAUUACCGGCCAUCGCUCUACUACGAAAACAAGUCAGUCGUUGGUUGCCAUUAUUGUCAAUUACCGAACAUAACCGAUCUCACCAUGUUUUACGGGUAUAGAAAAGCGUUUAGAACAGCGUUGAAAGCGGUCUUGGACUCGGAAAGCUUCAAAGGGGUAAUGUAUUUACGAACUUUUGCACCAUCACAUUUUGAAGGCGGGUUAUGGAACGAAGGAGGAGAUUGUUUGAGGAAACAACCUUAUAAGAGCGACGUGACUCAAGAUGAAACGACAAUGAUGCUACACAAGAUUCAGUUGGAAGAGUUUCAAAGAGCUGAAGAAGAAGCGAAGCAGAAAGGGAAGAGGUUAAGACUGCUAGAUACGACCCAAGCAAUGUGGCUAAGACCCGAUGGUCACCCGAGCCACUACGGCCAUAUGCCAGAGACCAAUGUCACAUUGUACAACGAUUGUGUUCACUGGUGCUUGCCUGGUCCUAUUGAUAACCUUAAUGACUUCUUGCUUGCUAUGCUAAAGAGAGAAGAAGACAAAGGAUUACUGGCUCAAGUUCGGAAGAUGUUGUCCUAAUGAGUUAUGACCAAGCCAAAUUAAGU